GGGAGUCCAGAGCCUUUCCGAGCCGCCAAGCUGGAGCUGGAACUGGAGCUCCGCGGGGCCAUGGCCCCGACGACUGGACAGCGGCUCCUGCAGGACCCGGAGGUCCCAGCGACCAACAGGGAGCCGGAGGCAGCUGGGCGCGGCGGCAGAACCCGGGGCGUGCUACUUUGGCUCACCACCCUGGUCCUGUACGCCUCCUUCGUGGGGCUGGGAAUAAGCACUGCUCUCCUUGGGCCUACAUUUCAAGAUUUGGCACGAAAUGUGAACCGAAACAUCAGCGAUCUCUCUAUCAUUUUUGUGGGCCGCGCCUCUGGUUUUUUAUGUGGUACUAUGGUUGGUGGAGUUCUCCUUGACUAUAUGAACCAGUUUUUACUUUUGGGUGUGUCAAUGUCGGCCACUGCAGUUGGGUUUUAUCUCAUUCCUUUGUGCAAGAAGGCGUUUUUACUGAUUAUCAUGAUGUCUGUGUUUGGUGCUUCAAUUGGUGUUGUGGAUACAGGUGCGAAUGUCCUCAUUUUGGACCUUUGGGGGGACAAAGGAGCCCCACAUAUGCAGGCCUUGCACUUCAGUUUCGCCUUGGGUGCCUUUCUGGCUCCCCUGCUGGCUAAAUUGGCCUGGGGUACCACAGCAUCUGCUCAGAACCACACUGAGUCCGACUUUGACCCUCUAAUGCUGAACCGAUCCUCUGAAGCCGCCACAGACUCUGUGUUCGCGGUACCCGAUGAUAUGAAUCUGCUGUGGGCAUAUGCGUCCAUCGGAACCUAUAUUUUAGUAGUUUCUGUCUUCCUGUUCGGUCUGUUUUGUAAGAAACGCUCAAGGCAGAAAAAAACCGCAGCAUCUGCUCAGGAAGUUCGAAGGGCUAAAUACCACAGGGCCCUGCUAUGCCUCCUCUUCCUCUUCUUCUUCUUCUACGUGGGAGCCGAGAUCACGUACGGCUCUUACGUAUUCUCCUUCGCCACCACCCACGUUGGCAUGGAAGAGAGCGAGGCAGCUGGCUUGAACUCCAUCUUCUGGGGGACCUUCGCAGCCUGCAGGGGCCUGGCCAUCUUCUUUGCGACAUGCUUACAGCCUGGGACCAUGAUUGUGGUGAGCAACAUCGGUAGCCUGGCCUCAUCUUUCUUUCUGGUGCUUUUUGACAAGAGCCCUCUUUGCCUCUGGAUCGCGUCUUCUGUGUAUGGAGCCUCAAUGGCAACCACGUUUCCCAGCGGCAUCUCCUGGAUUGAGCAGUAUACCACCUUAACUGGGAAAUCAACAGCCUUCUUUGUCAUUGGUGCUGCCCUGGGAGAAAUGGCGAUUCCUGCAGUGAUCGGAAUUCUUCAGGGACACUACCCAGAUCUGCCAGUAGUUCUGUACACAUGUCUGUGCUCAGCCAUAUUCACAGCUGUUUUAUUUCCUGUGAUGUAUAAAUUAGCCACCUUACCCCUGAAACACCAGCGCAAAGGAAGAAGGAAGAGUGAGGAGGAGAAAGCUUUGAGCAGCAUAAAUGGAAACAUGCAGAGAAAUGGAAUGGAGUGUAUUCUGAAGUAGUUGAAAUGAAGAAUACAAGGAAUUCUGUAAUAGAGAACCCUAGAAAUAUUCUGACUUGAUACACCACAGCCAACACCUCUAAGGCAAUUCCCACAUGCCUCUCCAUGUCUGAGCCUUCUCCAGUUAACAGCGGCAACUCCCUUGUGAAACGCCAGGAGAAAAUGGCCAAACAUUUGGAGAAGACACAUUGUUUAAUAAAUACAUAGUUGCUACUCAUGAGGAAGCCAGGCCAAGUGGAGCCAUAGCAGGGUAUGGGCAAUUUCUAGAGAUCAAAGUUUUCACAUAGAGCUGCUAAAAUGUUUUGACAUGUUCUGGAAUUUCCAGAGUCUUCUGUAAUGUACUGGCUUGUAGUGAGCAUAGUGAAAAAUGCUUUUAGACAUGUAAAACUAGCUUAGUCUGGAUCCCGACCACCCCUAAGGCUGCAUCUGAUAGUCAGAAUCCAGUGACCACUCACUCAAGAUAAUCGGACACAGUCCUAGAAUCCCGUGACACCCACUGGAUGAUAUAAAAGCAGAGACCAAGAGCAAAGCUGC